AACUCCACGCAGACACUUCAUUCACAGCCCUUCCCUGCUCUCAAUCCACCCAAAAAACCGAACCCAGAUCACCCUUUUUCAAUCUCAGAUCAUGCCUGAAGACAACCAGUUCCAACCCUUGGCGCCUGCCCGACUCCAUGGUAAGAGCGACGAAGAGUUCGGUGUUUUCAAACCCAGAGCGUCCAAGCCGCCGCGGAGGAGCAGUAAAUGUCCGGUGUAUGUCCUUGCCGGGCUCGUCAUACUGGCCGCGAUUGCAUUAGUCUUUGCGUUAGCCGUCUUGCGGGUAGAGGCUCCCGAUGUUGAAUUAAAAUCUGUUGCAGUGAAAAAUCUAACGCAUGGAACUUCACCAUCGCCUUCUUUUAAUGUAACGCUCACUGCAGAGGUCUCCGUUCAGAACAAAAACUUUGGUGCCUUCAAUUUUGAGAACGGCACAGCAACAGUCCUGUACGAGGGCAUGGUGGUCGGUGAUGAGGAAUUUAGCAAGGCUCACGUUGAAUCGAGGAAGACGAAGAGGAUGAACGUUACUUUGGAUGUGAGAUCAGAUAGGUUGUGGAAUGACAAGAAUCUAAGCAGUGAUAUUAGCUCCGGGAGUGUGAAUCUGACCACCUAUGCCCAGAUGACCGGAAAAGUACGGGUUAUGAAGGUUGUUCGGCGGCGAACAACGGCGAGGAUGAACUGCUCCAUGACUCUUAAUCUGACGAGCAGUUCCAUCCAGGAUUUAGUAUGCAGAUGAUUGUAAGUAUGACCAUCAGUUUUGGAGAUUGAGAUUAAUCUUUUUCCAAGAGUUUUUGGUUCAGACUUGUGUAGAGUUAGCGUUCAUACAUGUAAGUAUUUUUCAAUGGAACAGAAACUUGGCCCAAGUGCUGCUUGGUCUGCCAAUUCAUUAAUGAUGGUUGAUGGGUA